CCUCUCGCAAACCCUAGAAGUGCGUCUCUUCCCAUCCCACCCUCCCCCCUCUCUCGAUCCUUGCGAUUAUCUGAAGUAGCCAUGGCUUUCGCAGCUAUGAAGCCCACUAAGCCUGGGCUGGAGGAGCCUCAGGAUCAGAUUCACAAGAUCAGAAUCACCCUUUCCUCCAAGAACGUCAAGAACCUGGAGAAAGUGUGUGCGGAUCUUGUUCGUGGUGCCAAGGACAAGAGACUGAGAGUUAAGGGACCAGUGAGAAUGCCCACCAAGGUUCUUCACAUCACUACCAGGAAGUCUCCAUGUGGUGAAGGGACCAACACAUGGGAUAGAUUUGAACUCCGGGUGCACAAGCGGGUGAUUGACCUCUUCAGUUCCCCAGAUGUGGUUAAGCAGAUUACCUCCAUCACAAUUGAACCUGGUGUGGAGGUUGAGGUUACCAUUGCAGAUUCUUGAAUGUAGUUUGUGUGCUCUGUUUUUAUUUUUUUACAAGCCAUGUAGUUUCCAUAACUGAACACUUCCCUCCUUGUAGCCUGCUUGGCUGAGGUUAUAUUUCCAGAAUCCAGGCUUCACAGUUUGGGAGUUGACUUUUUUAGGGUUUAAUGCUGUAAGUUACAAUUUUGAUGCCCCUUUCGUCGUAUGAGAGUUCUGUUUUGCUUCAAUUUUCAAUUUUAGAUUUAACACUCAGAUUGGAGUUAAUUUGAUAAAGUGUUUGAUGUUGAAA